GCCAGACGGUGUUCGGUCUGCUCACCGACAAGGACCUCCACUUUCACAAGUUGACAGAGUAACUUCCUUCCAGUCAUGAAGCUGCUGAUCCGCCAGUAUCGUCCCUCAGACCAGGACACAGUGCUCCACCUGUUUAGCGUAGGCAUCAACGAGCACAUUGGUCCGUGUUUUCGAACCGCCAUGACCAGCUCUCUCCAUCUCUCCAUCGCCCUGGCUCUGUGUGUCGCUGGCUACCUGCUCGGCUCCGUGUUAGGGUCGGUGGUGUUACCAGGAUUCUGGGUGGGCCUCGUUUACUUCUGCUGUCAUGAGGUAUACGCCAGCUUCCUUAGGGAGAAACUCCGGACAGACAUGCAGGACAUCCCGGGUAACUAUCUGAGCAGAGUGGAUGAUUGUUUCUGGGUAGCGGAGGCUGAGGUGGAUGGGAGGACCCAGAUCAUGGGAAUGGUGGCUGUAGUGGCCAAACAAAGUGGGGAAGAAAGAUACGGGGAACUGUUCAGGAUGAUUAUCUCUCCAUCGUGCAGGAGGAUGGGCCUAGGCUUCAAGCUGGCUCAGACUGUGGUUGAUUUCUGUAAGGAGCAAGGCUUCUCCAAGGUCGUGCUGCAGACCAGCUCCAUUCAUACCGCUGCUGUGUCGCUGUACGAGAAGCUGGGCUUCAGCCAUGUCAGGUCACACACAUAUUCUAAUUAUUGGGUAGUAGUACUGGCCAAGAUCUCUGUUUUAAUAAUGGAAAAACACCUGUAGUGCUGAAAUGAGCCUGAUGAGCACAGCAAUGUUGCUGGUAUGCUCCUCUGUAUCAGUGGAUGAAGCUUUAGCACCAAUAAUACUUUCACUGGAAUCCUAUGUCUCAAAACACAUUUUUCAAUAUCAAGUCUCAGAGUAAAGAUUGAUUGAUUGAUUGAAAAGUUUAU